GGAGGCGGGAGGAAUCGGCAGCAGGCGGCGGCCGCUGCGCUCAGUUCGGCCGCGCAGCGGGAGGGAGGCGCGAGGCAGGAGCCGGCGGCUGGGCUCGGCAGCGCAUCCAGCGCAGCGCGGCGCCCCGGGCCCGGCUCCAUGCCCGCAGUCCAGCCGGACCACCCUUGAGCGCGGGCACCUCGCCCGCGCCCCCUGCCCGCCGGCACCAUUGCCCCGACGGCGCGGCCGGGCGGCCCGGCGCUCCCCAGGCUCCGCGCCGGCCGGAAGACGCUGCUGGCGGCCGCCGCGGGCGUGGUGAUGCUGCUGGUGCUGGUGGUGCUCAUCCCCGUGCUGGUGAGCUCGGGAGGCCCGGAUGGCCACUAUGAGAUGCUGGGCACCUGCCGCAUGGUGUGUGACCCCUACCCCGCGAGGGGCCCCGGCGCCGGCGCGCGGCCCGACGGCGGCGACGCCCUGAGCGAGCAGAGCGGCGCGCCCCCGCCCUCCACGCUGGUGCAGGGCCCCCAGGGGAAGCCGGGACGCACAGGCAAGCCGGGCCCCCCUGGGCCCCCCGGGGACCCAGGUCCUCCGGGUCCUGUAGGGCCACCCGGGGAGAAGGGUGAGCCGGGCAAGACCGGCCCUCCCGGGCUGCCAGGCGCGGGGGGCAGCGGCGCCAUCAGCACGGCCACCUACACCACGGUGCCGCGCGUGGCCUUCUACGCCGGCCUCAAGAAUCCUCACGAGGGUUACGAGGUGCUCAAGUUCGACGACGUGGUCACCAACCUCGGCAACAACUACGACGCGACCAGUGGCAAGUUUACGUGCAAUAUUCCCGGCACCUACUUUUUCACCUACCACGUCCUCAUGCGCGGCGGCGACGGCACCAGUAUGUGGGCGGACCUCUGCAAGAACGGCCAGGUGCGGGCCAGCGCCAUCGCCCAGGACGCAGACCAGAACUACGACUACGCUAGCAAUAGCGUGAUCCUGCACCUGGAUGCGGGGGACGAGGUUUUCAUCAAACUGGAUGGGGGCAAAGCGCACGGAGGCAACAGCAACAAGUACAGCACCUUCUCCGGCUUCAUCAUCUACUCUGAUUAAGCUCCUCCAUCCCCUAUUCCCCCUGGGCUCCCCCUCCGGGUGGGGUAAAGGAUGACCCAUCCUCGCCUACCCCCUCGCAGCCCUCCCGGCUAUGACGCCCCUGGCCCGUCCUCACCACCUUCCGGGCCGCAGCUAGCCCUCCCGCCGGCUCACCGCAGAGCCGGGUCCAGCGUGCUCUGUCCUCGUUCCCCGGGAGGUGGUGUUGACCGUCCCCGCCCCGGCCCGCGCUGUAUAUUUGUACAGUAAGAUUGUUUAUUGCCCACCCUACCCACCAGCCCGCCCCAGCAGGGGUGGGGGAGAGGCCUCAGCGGGUUCCUCCCCGUGCUCGGAUGUGCUGCCCACCUGCUCUGGGGUAGCGCCGCCUGGGGGAGGGGUUGGUUGGGGGCUGGAUGGCUUCCCAGCUACAGCCCUUGGCCGGCUGCUGCCCGUCUGACCAAAGCUAUAAUAAAACACUUCCACCCC